AUGUCUACUGCCAAGUCUGACAAAGAUGCACUUACCACUCUGACGACGUCCAAAAGUGACGUCCAUUUAGCAGAUGAAAAAGCCGCAGUAACGUCGUCCAUGUUUGUGUUUACAGCGGAUAAAGCUGGUAUGAAGGACGUAAACAAGCAGCACGUCCAGGAGGUGGUGCACAAGAUGUCGAAAGAUUCUUCGUUUUACCAGAAAUCUCUACGUGACAAUGAAAAGGUGGAGCAGCGUGUAGUUGCAAUGCGUGAGAAGCUCGCGUACUUGACUAGCGGACAGCUGCAUCGUCUGCAAUCGGAGGCCGACGCCCGAAUGGCGCAGAUGGAGGCAACACGAGACCUUUCGCGCACGAUUGUGGUCGUAGACAUGGACAUGUUUUACGCUGCCGUGGAGAUGCGAGAUAAUCCUAAGCUACGUGACGUGCCACUUGCAGUUGGUGGACUCAAUAUGAUCAGCACUACCAAUUAUGCAGCAAGGCAGUUCGGCGUGCGUGCUGCCAUGCCAGGAUUUAUUGGUAAAGAGCUGUGUCCAGAACUCCAUUUUGUGCCAGUCAACAUGGAAAAAUACAAAGGAGUGGCUGCUCAGAUCCGCGCCGUAUUUGUAGAGUACGACCCGGAGUAUGAGGCUUUUAGUCUUGAUGAAGCUUGCCUUGACCUUACGGAAUUUAUGUCCAAGAACUGGCAAAAGUAUAUUCUAGCCGCUGAAGACGAUAUUGGGAGUAAAAUAAGUGACGAUCAACAAUGGGUGUUGACAGCUGCUGGCCGUGCAGCAAUCGCAACGGUUAUAGUCCGUGAACUACGUGCGAAAAUCUAUGACAGUACGCAGCUUACAGCCAGUGCUGGUAUUGCAGUGAACACUAUGCUCGCUAAGAUCUGCUCGGACAUAAACAAACCUAAUGGGCAAUACAUCUUGCCGUUCACACGAGAAUGCGUGAUAUCUUUUAUACAUGAACUACCAGUGCGCAAGAUCGGUGGCAUUGGUAAAGUUACCGAAAAAAUUCUUAACGACGCGCUUGAUGUGAAAACUGGUGCUGAGUUGUUUGCUCAGCGAGGCAAAAUCGCUCAUUUGUUUUCCAAAAAGACGGCUGACUGGUUGUUGCAGACCUCGCUUGGCGUACGAGAGCGACGCGAGAAACAAGAACGCAAGAGCUUCAGCCGCGAACGCACGUUUCCAAGGUUGGGUGAUCCGAAGAAGCUCGAAGCAAAGUGUGAAGAGAUCUGCAAGGUGCUCGCAAAAGACCUUGAGAAGGCAGACAAGGCCGCUAAGAAUGUGACGCUAGUCUACAAGGACACGGACUUUGUCCGCUGCUCUCGGUCAAUGACGCUUGCUUCUGCAGUAUUUACUGCCGACGAUUUAUUUGCUAGCGCUGUCCAGCUUCUACGCCGUGAGUUGCCACUCACUCUGCGUCUUAUGGGUGUUCGUGCAGCGACAUUGGUAUCCCGUCCUACUGGCUCAAGCGCGGAUAACUCCUCUCAGACUCACAUAAGCAGCAAGAAGCGACAAACCGCUAUCAAUAAGUUUGCUGAACAAGUUGGCCAUCCUGCUGCUGCGUUCGCUUCAGGCGAUAGUGGAAGCAAUGAUCGAAACAUGAUUAAAAAGGCCGCAAUUGGGAAAUACUUUUCUGCCUCCGUGACCGCUACUUCCUCCAAGAAGAGCUCUUUUUCGUGCCCAGAGUAUGGGAAAACUCUUUCUGCAGGCACUGAUAAUUCUGAAGCGGAAACACAUAGUGACGGUUGUGUCUUCAAGGAUGAUGCUGGAAGUUCAAGGCGUAAGAGGCCGAGAAAGACCGAUAUUCCGCAUGCCUUCGCUCUCAGAUCAUAUCCGAAGAGUACGCCGGUGGUUGACAACAAGCCGUGCCCAAUUUGCGGGAAGCUAUUGAAUACAGGGAACAACAUGGAGGUAAAUGCUCAUAUGGAUGCGUGCAUCGUAGGCAAGAACUCUUCUCCAUUAUCGUCACCGUUGCAACAUACAAAGCACAAAAAGCUGAAAGCGCCAUCACGUGUCCAAGACUAUUCGAAACAUGCCUGUGAAGACGUAAAGCCGUGUCCUAUAUGCGGAAAACCACUGAAUAUUCGUAGCAGCAUGGAGGUGAAUGCGCACAUGGAUGCAUGUGUUGCCCGAGAUCAAUUACCCCCAGUGAGAAUGAUAGGUAAGAAGAGGAGUAAGCACGAAGCGUCUAAAAAGAAGCUUGAAAACAGCAUCGAUGUUUUCUUCCGCAAAAACUACAAUGACUGA